AUGCUUGUCUUGUCCAUGGUGAUGGAAAAAUAUUUGAGUUUUUCUUUCCAACCUACCUUUUGUUUAGAACUAAUGUUACCUUGCUCUUUUUCUGCUUCCCGCUUGUCAGGAUUUGGUGGGCUUGAAACUACAAACUCCACUGCCAGUGGGUUUAAUUUUGGUGGUUUUGGCUUAACUGCUAAUCCUGCAGUGAAUUUUAAUAUUGGGAAUUUCGGUGUUUCCACUACCUCAACUCCACCAUUCAAUUUUGGUAACAGUCUGGCAAGUGCAGGUGCUUUUGGAGGAUUUGGGACAACUACCACCACUGCGGGACCAGCAUUUAGUUUUUCUGCUCCUACCAAUACAGGCACCAGUGGACUCUUUGGUGCUACCCAGAACAAAGGCUUUGGAUUUGGUACUAGUUUUGGCACAGGCACUGGAACUGGCUUAGGCAGUGGGCUGGGAACUGGGCUGGGCUUUGGAAGCUUUGGCACCCAGCAGCAACAGACCACAUUAGGAAGUGGGUUGUUCAACCAGCCUACUCAGACCCCUGCCCAGUCGAAUCAGCUCAUCAACACAGCAAGUGCCCUCUCAGCUCCAACACUCUUAGGAGAUGAGAGAGAUGCUAUUUUAGCAAAAUGGAACCAGCUGCAGGCCUUCUGGGGUACAGGCAAAGGCUACUUCAACAAUAACAUUGCUCCAGUGGAGUUCACACAGGAAAAUCCCUUCUGCAGAUUUAAGGCUGUGGGUUACAGUUUAAUGCCCAGCAACAAAGAUGAAGAUGGCCUCGUGGUCUUGGUCUUUAACAGAAAAGAAGUAGAUAUUCGAAGCCAGCAGCAGCAGCUCGUAGAAUCACUACACAAAAUUCUGGGGGGAAACCAGACCCUCACUGUCAAUGUAGAAGGUGUUAAAACGAUGCCAGAUGACCAGACAGAAGUGAUCAUUUACAUUGUUGAACGCUCACCCAAUGGCACCUCGAGGAGAGUGCCCGCAACGACCCUCUACACCCACUUUGAACAACCCAACAUCAAGUCAUCCCUGCAGCAGCUGGGUGUCAGCUUCUCCAUGGCCAGAACAGAGCUUUCCCCAGCACAAGUCAAACAGCUCCUGCAGAACCCUCCUGCCGGUGUUGAUCCUAUUAUAUGGGAACAAGCCAAAGUUGACAAUCCUGACCCCGACAAACUUAUUCCUGUGCCAUUGGUGGGUUUCAAGGAACUGUUGAGAAGAUUGAAGGUCCAAGAUCAGAUGACCAAACAGCAUCAAACUCGAUUAGAUAUAAUAUCAGAAGAUAUCAGUGAGCUGCAGAAAAACCAAACGACAACUAUGGCAAAAAUUGCCCAGUACAAAAGGAAACUCAUGGCACUGUCUCACAGAACAUUACAGGUGUUAAUAAAGCAGGAGAUCCAAAGGAAAAGCGGUUAUGCCAUCCAAGCAGACGAAGAGCAGCUUCGUGUACAGUUAGAUACAAUUCAGUGUGAACUUAACGCGCCUACGCAGUUCAAGGGCAGACUGAAUGAGCUCAUGUCCCAAAUCAGGAUGCAAAACCACUUUGGAGCUGUGCGGGCUGAAGAGCGCUAUUAUGUGGAUGCAGACCUCUUAAGGGAAAUCAAGCAACAUCUGAAGCAGCAGCAAGAAGGCCUGAGUCACCUAAUUAGCAUCAUAAAGGAUGACUUGGAGGACAUCAAGCUUAUAGAACAGGAACUGAAUGAGAGCAUUCCCAGAGGAGUCGUCUUCAGUUGACGCAGUGGAUGCUGCUGGGCUUACACAGAACAUGUUGCUCGUUCAUGGUUUACCUUGCAAGGCUAAAAAAAAAACAUUAAACCACAUACUUUCUAAAAGCAAUGGUAUUUUGGCUGUUAUCUUUAGAAUUAGCAAAGCCUCUCCUAAGCUUUUGAACUUGACCUUUGGAAGGUUUGUAUUUUAUAAAGCUGUAUAUGCUUCAGUAAAAGAAGGACAACUGAAUCUGUUCAGGUACAGUUUUACUAUAAAACUCUGUGUACUGUUGUACGUUUUCUCUUUUUU